UAGCUACUUUUUUUGGUGUAAAAGACAAGAAAAAAAUAUGAUGUGAAGUAACGUUAACUUUAGUCAAGGCAGCAGGCCGAACCGUUUGGACUUGUUAACCUUUUAACAUCAGAUGACACGAAGAUAUGUUUGCUUUGUUUGUCUUCAUCAAGCAUCUUUUAAGCGAGGAAGAAGAAAAGCGACAGUGAUGUCAUCUCCUGUGUCCAAGCUGAACAUGGAGAGUAUGACCAAGCCAGAGUUGCUGAUGCUUUUCAGCAUCCUGGAGGGAGAGCUGGAGGCACGGGACCUGGUCAUUGAUGCCCUAAAGGCUCAGCGAAAAGAGAUGUUCAUCCAGGAGCGAUAUGGAAGGUACAACCUAAGCGACCCCUUCCUGGCCUUGCAGAGAGACAGUGAGGUGAUGGGGGGCCAGAACAAGGACCCUGGCUGUUCCUCCUCCACUUCUAAUCCCCUGGUGGUUCUCAAACUGGUGGUGAGCCACUGCAGGAGGAUGCAGGAGAAGAUGUUGGCCCAGCUGGCUGCAGCUGAAAGCAGGCACAGAAGGGUCAUUGCAGAUCUGGAGGAGGAAAAGAGGAGGCAUGCUGAGGACACAGCCGAGGGAGAUGAUGUCACUUACAUCCUGGAGAAGGAGAGGGAGCGCUUACAACAACAGCUGGAAUUCGAGCGGAGCCAGGUCCGGCGGUUGGAAAAAGAGCAGCGGCGGAUUACUGACCAGCUAGAAGAAGAACGGGCUCAGCAUAAACAACUCUCUUGCGCUUUGGCCAAAGAGUGCAAAUGGGCAAGUGCCAGGGCUCUGGAGGAGGGUCACCGGCUGACUGAGCUGAGCCGUAAACUUGACAAGGAAAAGGAAGCUUGUCAGGCCCUGAGGAAGGAGCUGGAGGACGAGGGGAGGAGAGCCCUGAGAAUGGAGGCGAGAGUAGAAGAGCAGCUGGCCGAGUUUGACACGGAACGAGAGCAGCUCCGCUCACGGCUGAAGAAGGAGGAAGCUCACUGUUGUCAGCUACAACAACAGGUAGAAGAGCUGAGGAGGAAGCUGGAGGAGGUGAAUAUGACGAGAGAAGUCAAAGGGGCGGUUACAGCGUCAGUGGAGGCAGGAGGAAAGGAGUGGGCCACAAAAGUCGUUACAGGAAAGACGACAGUAGACACUAUUAAGGUCGAGGACAUUGAGGAAGACAAAAACCAGCAACCUGUGCAGCCAAAAGUCAACGGUUACCAUUGUUCAGUGGAGACCAAUGGGCAUAAUGGUCCAAAUAGCGCCCUCUCAGAGAAGAGCUUACAAAAUGGGAAUGACAAUUCUCCAGUUCAGACCAAGACUUUGUUCUCCUCCUGCAGUACAGUCGCCUCCACUCUCCCCCCUUCCUCCCCCUCUGCAUCGCCUGUCCUUGCCAAACGCCCACCAGGCAGCCCGAGUCCUAGUGGCUACCAGUCUCCCUACCAGGCUGGGAUCAACCAGCGCUUCCACGCCGCUCGUCACAAGUUCCAGGGUACCAUUGACCCCGAACCUCAGCCCCAGUCCGCACAGCCAGCUCUUCCCCUCUCGCCAAAGGAUCCUUCCCCCGUGCCCAGCAGUCCCUCCCCAGAAGCCAGCCCAGUUAAGCAGAUGGCCCGGAGCACCGUCACUCAAGUCCUGUCUCGCUUCACAACCGUCCAGCAGAGCAUCACACCAAAACUUACAGCACCGAACAAUUCACCCUUCGGUACAGACUACCGCAGCCUGGCAGCUCCCUUGUCUCCAGUCAUCGGGAGGGCCGCAGGAGCACUUUCACAGGGGAUCAGAUCACCCACAAUCCCCAGGGCAGAGAGGGGCAACCCUCCACCCAUCCCCCCUAAGAAGCCCGGUCUGGCCCAGGCCCCUCCCUCUCCGGCCGCGGUGCCCAGGUCUGCUAGCCAUUUCUCUGACAGCCCCCUCUCAGGCAGCUGUGGCCUCACCUCCAGCCAGGAGGGAGUCAAAGAACUGGACAUGGUGGUUUCUUCUAAUUAACUGAUCAUUUGAUCCAUCAAUAAAUUAGUCAGUUGCUGCUCUGCUCGGGAGAUGAUGGUUUAAUCCACAUCACAUAAUUAUGGUUGAGGUAUUGUCCUGUACAUGACAGGAUUUAUAUCCUGUGCUUAUUUGAGAUUCAAACACUGUUAUGCUAUUUGUAUUUAUUAUAUUCUUUUUUAAAAUAUGCGCUGAGGCACUAUUUUAGGUAGUCUUUAAGGGGCUGGUACUAAUGAGCAAUUAUAGCUGAUAUUUUUUGUUUCAAAUUGUGCCAAUACUGUUUGUUCGGCGCAGCAUUUUAUCUUUUUUUUUUUUUUAUGGUGUCAUAUUUACAAAGAAUGCAAACCGACUUACUAACUGAAGAGGUGUUAUUUCUCCCGAUACUUUGUCUCAAGUAUGUUGCUUGUUAUUAUAAACAAAUUAUAAUCAGACCAAACGUAACAAGUAGUCCUUGGACCAAUGUAUGCUGCAUAGUCUCAUUUCAGUGCGCACUCACAUAAAAAUGUUUUAUAAAUGUUUCUCAGUUAUUAAUGUAUAAUAGUUUUAUACAGCUAACUCAAUGUUUGUACUGUGUUCAUGUAUUACUUUAAUGUUGCAUAAUUAUGAUACAGAUCAUAUAGGUGCUGAUUAUACGCAGUCACCAUUGUACAAUAUAUUAACAUAUAACAAUAUGUUGGUUUAGAUGAGUGAUUCUAAUUAAUUUCAUGACUUUGCCAUUUAUAAGAAAUCAUUAUAAAACUUUUAUAGUCAAUAAUGGUUGUGAUUAAUAUUAUAACAAUUGCCAUGUUUGUUAUCUCUUCUUUUAUCACACCCUUUACAGUACUGUAUAUGCUGGAAAGCGACAAAUUGAAUAAAUUAGUCCGAAAGAUUG